CGCAGAUCUUGGGUGGCUGGGUCAGCUGACCCCAGGGGACAAUCGGGCUGAUUUAGGCCGCUUGCCUGGGCCUCACGGUCGCCGCCGCCAUGGCCAGUCAGUCGCAGGGCAUCCAGCAGCUCCUGCAGGCCGAGAAGCGGGCCGCCGAGAAGGUGUCCGAGGCUCGCAAACGAAAGAACCGGAGGCUGAAGCAGGCCAAAGAAGAAGCUCAGGCCGAGAUUGAACAGUAUCGCCUGCAGAGGGAGAAGGAAUUCAAGGCCAAGGAAGCUGCGGCUCUGGGAUCCCAUGGCAGUUGCAGCACUGAAGUGGAGAAGGAGACCCAGGAGAAGAUGACCAUCCUCCAGGCCUACUUCCAGCAAAACAGGGAUGAAGUUCUAGAUAACCUUUUGGCCUUUGUCUGUGAUAUCAAGCCAGAAAUCCAUCAAAACUAUCGCAUAAAUGGAUAAGGGAGAAGAAAGAAGUGCCUGUUCCAUGGAUUGGCAUUUUAGAUGCCAUUUUAGAUCCUGGAAUAUGAAGCUCUAGCAAGGCUUGAGUUAUAUUCUUCUGUAAAGGCAUUAAAUUAUUUCCAUAUAUUAUAUAGUCGGUCCCUUCACUUUUUGAGGAACAGCAAAUCUAGCUUCUUUGUACAGAUUUAGAGCUUAUCCAAAGAUUUCAUCUUUUUACCUCAUAUUUUUUAGAAAUUUGAUGGAUAGGCAUUGUCUGUUUUCCUAUGCUAUUAACUCAAGCAACAUAUAUAUCAAAACUGACUUUUUCUUUCUUAGAUGUAGUUAAAAAGAAGUUUUGUUAUUUUUUUUUAAAGAAAGAAAGGGAUUAAAUAUUAUUUUCCCUAAUGCUUUCUUGAAGGUCAGGGGCUUUAUCUAUGAAAAAGUAGUAAAUAGUUAUUUGUAACCUGUGUGAAGCAGCACCAAGCCUUACCGUAGUCCUUUCUGGCUAAGGCUUAGAACAGUGAAUAACUAGUAUAAUUGUUUUAUCUGCUUUUAGUUUCUCUUAAUCAAAAUUACUAGAAGAUAGAAUUCAAGAACUUGUUACAUGUUAUUACUUGGUGUACUCAGUCAUUUAAAAGUAAAGACUCUUUGUCAUG